AUGAAAGCCAUCCGGCCUGAAGGCGUCGUAUCCAUGGUGGGAUUCCUGGGUGGGAAGACUAAUACUCCCGGCGCCAGCUUCUCGCUGAUCCAGCAACAGCUCUGCAUUGUGCGCGGGAUAAACGUCGGGUCCCGAAAGCUGUUCCAAGAUAUGAAUACCUUCAUCGAGAGCAGAGGCCUCGAUUUUAAACCCAUCUUGUCAGAUCAGUUGUUUGGGUUUCAGCAAGUCCGACAAGCAUACCAGUGGAUGGUACAGCAAGCAUUCUGGGGCAAAAUCGUGGUUCAGGCAGAUUGA